CCUCGUGUUGAAAUGUCACCUGAACUGCAGCCGGUUAUGAUGACACUCCUUAAGGUUGUGGACGUUGAUGCCUAUUUGGCUAAUCAAAGGGUACUGGAGAAAGAUGUUAAUAUCAAUGUGAGUAGCGUUAGUGCAAAAGUAUUGUCUAAAUUGGCUGUAAGUAUGAGAACAGAUUUUGCUGUGAUGGUCCCGAAGGUGAUGCCAAUAGCGUUUGAUAAGCUGAAGGAGAAAAAGGCUGUGUUAAGAAACGAACUCGUUGAGUUGUGUGAUGCGGCUGCGACGACGACGUCUAUCGAAAACUACACGGAAGCAGUUUGUGGUGGACUCACCAAACCAAAUCCGCAAUCACGAGCUCAAACAGCACUUUUCGUGGCUCGUCUCCUUUCUCGGCAUGAUUCCUCUACCAUUCCUGCAAACGCAGUGAAAGAGAUCACUCCCGAUCUAGUUAAAUGUUCUUCCGAUGCCGAUGCGGAAGUGCGUGAAUCAACAUUUCGAGCAAUGGGCGCUGUCUUGCGAUGCGUUGGCGAACAGGCAGCGCGUAGACUGUUCGGUGAAGUUUCGGAGGACAAGCUCAAGAUGGCCAAAGUCGGGCUUUGUUGUUUCGAACUCAAAAAGUUUACAUUUGCCUGUCUUCAACUAUUCUAA